AUGGCUUCUGAUGCAAUUUACAAUGUUUCUCGUGGUACAGUUAAACCAUGGAAGCACAUUGCUUUGGGUCUUGGCUUAGCAUCUCUCACCGGAUCCAAGCUAUCCAAGCAGAUUUUAAACAGAGCGGGACACAGCAUCAGUUACAGUGAAACAAAAGGUCUGGAGACAGAAUUUGCAUAUUCAGUAGAAUCUGAUGAACGUGACACUCCUGAUGGUAUUCGACUUGAACCAGGUUUAGCAACUGCCUGUGUCUGGGACAACAAUGAUGCCAACAUAGAAACAUUAGAUGGCAAAGAAACAUUACACGCCACUGUCGGUCAUACAUACCAGAAUAUUUUGCAGCAUGACAGAGAAACAAAUAACAUUCCAAUAGAAUUUCGAGAUGGAAGGAACCGACGAAGGUUUGUUGGAAGUCAACGAGAGAUACCCCCAUUUAGGAAACCUCUCAAUACGGCUAUGUUUGUCACGAGUGCUAAUAUGUCUGAAUCUUCCAACGCAAUUACAGCUGAAUCUACAGAUACGGCUGAAACAUCCAAUAUGAUUACAUCUAAAUCUACAGAACCAAAUGUAAUCCAGAGGAAAGUAAAACUGGCAAUGAAAGCACUGGAUCUCUGUUGGCUUUGGAAAUUGUUUGAGGGCAACACACCACUGUAUGCUGGAUUUAUCAGCAUGUACAUCAAGGAUGUCUUACCGAUGCAACGAAUUUGCUACAUGGACCCUAUAUCUAGAUCGCCAACUAACAAUGAUGUAGUCAAAGAGACAAUGAUCCGCAACAUGAAUGUUGCAAGGGAAACAGGACAAGAUUAUUCCAUUGUUACCUAUGAUUUGGCUGUGGCUUUGAAAGCAUACUCUAUACAAGCAAUAGAAAGUCCAAUGUUUGACAACCUGUUAAUCAUGCUUGGUAAUUUUCAUGUUGAACUAGAUUUCUACGGUGCAGUUGAUAAAUGA